AUGGCUGUAAGAAAGCGCUUUGUCAACCCAUUUGCGCGCAGGGCAUCUGCGGAGGAGCUACCAGCGACUGGUGCACCCGAUAUGGAGGCUUCUGCCGACUCCAAAUUUGCCUCGGAAAAAUCGCAUGAGACCGAUCAGGCCUCGUUAGAUACCGAAAUCGUUGACCAAAAGGCGCAGUCUGGGACUCAGAAGGCGCAGGCAAGCACCCAAGCCUGGACAAAGAACACUUUGAUCGCAGCUUAUGCUCUUGUCUGGGUCGUCAACUUUCUAGAGUACUUCAGCUCCGGAUUGCUCAGCUCCCUAUCCCCAUAUAUCUAUAGUGGGUUCGAGCUACACUCCUUGACGGGUCUUACUUCCGUCAUCGCUUCGUUGAUCUCCGCUCUAAUCAAGUUCCCCUAUGCGAAACUCAUGGAUAUCUGGGGUCGGCCUCAGGCCUUUGGAGUCGGCGUCGGAUUUUUGACUCUCGGACUAAUCAUGAUGGCCGCCUGCAAGAAUGUGCAAACGUAUUGUGCUGCUCAAGUCUUCUACCAGACUGGGUUCAGCAUGAUCGAUUUCUCCAUGACUAUUUUCAUUGCUGAUACUACAGCUUUGAAGAACCGGGCUUUCUGGAUUGCUUACGCCGCUUCUCCGUAUCUCAUCACACCUUGGAUCUACGGUUAUGCUGCCAAUCAGAUCCUCGCCCCGGGCGGCAUCGGGUAUCGAUGGGGCUUUGGUGUCUUUGCCAUCAUUAUGCCCAUUAUCAGUACUCCGCUCUGGGGUCUGUGGUAUUAUACCCAGAAAAAGGCCGAAAAGAUGAACUUGACGGAGAAGAAGAACAGUGGACGAACUCUCUGGCAGUCUAUCUCCUUUUACUGCAUUGAGUUUGAUGUCAUUGGCCUGCUUAUCAUCGCCACGGGCUUUUCUCUCUUCCUGUUGGCGUUCAACCUAUACUCUUACCAACCUGGGGAGUGGCAUUCCCCGAUGAUUAUCUGCUUCGUUGUCAUUGGCUUUUGUUUGAUUAUUGCAUUCACCUUCUGGGAGAGAUACUUCGCGCCUGUGAAGUUCAUGCCUUGGGAGCUAAUCCAAAACCGGACUGUCUUCUUUACCUUCUCCAUGGUGGUGUCUCUGUAUCUGGCCUGGUAUAUCUGGGAUAGCUACUUCUAUUCUCUCUUACAAGUGAUGUUCAACCAAACCGUCACAGAAGCAACCUAUAUCUCCAACAUUUACACCAUGGGAUCGUGCUUCUGGUGCCUCGUCUUCGGAGCCAUCCUUCGCUAUAACGGCCGCCUCAAGUGGUGGGCCGUCUGCUUCGGUGUUCCUCUUACAAUUCUGGGAGUUGGCCUCAUGAUCAAGUUUCGCCAACCCGAUUCGAACAUUGGAUACAUCGUGAUGUGCCAAAUCUUCGUUGCAUUCGGUGGUGGCACCCUCGUCAUCUGCGAGCAGAUGACUGUCAUGGCUGUUUCCGCUCAGAGGAACAUCCCUGCUAUCCUGGCUAUUGAGGGUGUGGUUGCGGGUAUUGGUAGCGCCCUCGGGGGCACUGUUGCUGUUGCUAUGUGGACUGGGAUUUUCCCUGUCAAAUUAAAGGCACUUCUCCCUGCUUCUGCACAGGCAGACUUCCCUACUAUUUAUGGCUCCUUGGCUGCCCAGCAGUCGUACGCUAGAGGAACAGCUACUCGCGAUGCCAUUGACCACGCGUAUGGUGAGACUCAGCGACUCAUGCUCAUUACCGCUACUUGUCUUUAUCUUAUAACUUGGACUUCAUGCUUCUUUUGGAAAGAUCUUAAUGUGAAGAAGAUGAAGCAGCAGGUGCAUGGUAUUCACUUGUGA